AUGGUGAUCUUCUCCGGGCUCGCCAUCGGCUCCGAUGGGUUCAAUGCAUCCAUCAUCGGCAACCUCGAACUCAUCAUGGGGGUCAUCUACCCCAACGCUCUGACCACGGCCGUCGCUUCGCGGUUGUCGAAUGCUUUCAUGGUCGGGAUGAUCAUUGGGAUGCUGUCAUUUGGCUACAUCUCUGACAAGCUGGGCCGCAAGACCGGCGCUGUCCUGACAACUGCCAUUCUGGUCGUGGGCAUCGCAUUGAGUGCUGGGGCCAAUGGGACGAGUCAAGACGGGAUGCUGUGGAUGUUAAUCAUUGCUCGAGGGAUUGCAGGGGUGGGUGCUGGAGGGGAAUACCCCGUAGCCGGUGCCGGCGCAGCCGAAGCAACAGACGAGCAAUCCUCCGUUCGAAGCAAGCGAGGCUUCAUCUUCGCGAUGAUCGCCGAUCUCUCCGCAUCGCUGGGCUUCGCAUUCGGCGCCCUGGUUCCCUUGCUCUUGUUGCUGUGUUUCCAUCAGCAAGUGCGACACUACAACGCGGUUUGGCGGAUCUCCCUGGCGCUGGGUGCCAUUCCGCCGCUGUCGAUCUUCUGGUUCCGCUAUCGCAUGGCGGUCAGCUCAGCGUAUAAGAAAAGUGCCAUGGUUGAACAAAGGAUCCCUUACACACUUGCGUUAAAGAAAUACUGGCGACCGUUGGUGGGUGUGUGUGGGUCGUGGUUCUUGUACAAUUACAUCUCCUACCCCUUCGGGCUCUUUUCGUCCACGAUCGUCGGUCGCGUGAACCCAACCUCGUCCUUGGCCCUGACCAUGGCCUGGGGAACGCUGAUCAACUGCUUCUACAUCCCGGGCGCCUUCAUCGGCGGAUUCCUGUCGGACAGAAUCGGUCGCCGCAAGACGAUGGCGCUGGGCUUCCUGCUCCAAGCGAUCCUGGGGUUCAUUCUCGGCGGCGCGUUGAAGCACAUUGAGAGCUCCCUCCCGCUUUUCAUUGUGUUGUACGGCGUCUUCCUGACGCUCGGGGAGGUUGGCCCAGGUUCCACGAUUGUGCUGACUGCAAGCGAGAGCUUCCCCACGGCGUUGCGCGGACACGGGGUCGGAUUUGCUGCGGCGUGGAGCAAGGCCGGCGCGGCUAUCGGAACGCAGGUGUUCAAGCCGAUCCUGGCCAGCUGGGGUGAUGAUGAGUUCCAUGGGACUCAGGCGGUGUUCCUCAUUGGGUCUGGGUUUGCGGUGGUUGGGGCCUUGCUCGCGUGGUUCGUGCUGGAGGAUCCCAGUGCGGAGCUGGAUAAUGGGGAUCAGGAGUGGAAGGACUAUAUGGCUGCCAACGGGUAUGGGCAUGUGCAGUGGGGGGUUGCGACUGCGCAUCGGGAUGGGCUCGAGACGAAAGCUGUUUGA